GUGCGAACCGAGACGAAGUUGCAAAACUCCCGAGGUGGAGGGAGCUACUCUGCAAGCCUGCUGACAGAAAGAGAAAAGAAGAAUAAGAAAAUAAAACGCCAAAUAACCUUAAAAAUAGAAACCGAAGCAAACCGUGAACGCCAAUCCUCCGAAAACUACACGUACUGGAAUACUUUUUUGUAAUGUUGAUAUUAUAUUGUCUGUGAAGAAAGUAUUUAUACUUUUUUUUCUAUUUGCACUGACUAACGGUACUUCAGAACUACUGAGAAACCUUUAUUUUUUACUAAAAAAGAAAAAAUUAUCACACCCUUUGGAAGGACACCAUUGCUACGCAACCAGCACUUUUGAUUUUGAGCCUGUUUCAUCUGAGUUGUAUUUGCUUCUGCCAUCUGCCUGGAGAGCAUCUGUGUUGCCAACCACGGAUAAGCAAAGCAGAACCAGUGGACACAUUCAAGGUCAUACUCAACUGUUCUCCACACACCUGGUAUUCUUCAGCAGUUAGCUAUGCAGCUUGAGAUCCAAGUAGCUCUCAACUUCAUUAUCUCAUACCUGUAUAACAAGCUGCCAAGGCGACGGGUCAACAUUUUUGGCGAGGAGCUAGAGCGCCAGUUGAAGCAGAAGUAUGAGGGACACUGGUACCCAGACAAGCCAUAUAAAGGUUCAGGAUUCAGAUGCAUUCAUGUAGGAGAGAAGGUGGAUCCUGUGGUGGAGAAGGCUGCUAAGGAGAGCGGGCUUGACAUUGAAGAUGUCCGCAACAACCUGCCCCAGGACCUCAGCGUGUGGAUUGACCCAUUUGAGGUGUCCUACCAGAUUGGAGAGAAAGGGCCUGUGAAAGUGCUAUAUGUUGAUGACACCAAUGAUGGUGGAGCUAGUAAUGGUGGGCUUGAUCUUGACAAGGAGAUCAAGAACAGCUUCAAUCCUGAUGCACAGGUCUUCAUGCCCAUCACUGAGCCUUUGAAUGCCUCUCCAGGCUCGAGCUCGCCAUCUCCUCCCUUUGGCCACUCGGCAGCAGUUAGCCCCACCUUUAUGCCACGCUCCACACAGCCGUUAACCUUCACAACAGCCACCUUUGCUGCCACAAAGUUUGGCUCUACUAAGAUGAAGAGCAGUGGACGCAGCAACAACAACAACGGCUGCAGUACUACUGCAAACAAGGUGGCACGCACCUCUCCCACCAACCUCGGCCUGAAUGUGAACAGUCUCCUAAAACAGAAAGCCAUCUCCACCUCCAUGCACUCGCUGUACGGGUUGGGCCUCGGAGCACAGCAGCAGCUUCAUCAGAAGCCUUCGGCUCUUUCUCCCAAUGCUAAAGAGUUUGUGUUCCCCAGCCUGCAGGGCCAGAGCAGCCAGAGUGCUCUCUUUCCCGGGGACAGCUCACUCAGCCUCAGCCCCCUGCAGUACAACAAUGCCUUUGACAUGUUUGCGGCCUAUGGUGGCCUUAACGACAAGUCCCUUAUGGAUGGCUUGAAUUUCAGCUUGAACAACAUGCAGUAUUCUAACCAGCAAUUCCAGCCAGUUAUGGCCAACUAGUACAUGCAAAGGUACUACAUAAGCUACUACUUUACAUAGAAACGACCAGAGAUGAUGUGAGGGUGAAAACGAACACAAAUACACAUUUUGAAAAUGAAAAAAAAAAAAACGUUAACAAGAAAAAAUAUCAAGGAUAAGAGGAAAAGGUGACUUGUUAACUGUUAGCUCCAUGUUACAAGUCUCAAAGCAUGAGCCCGAGGGUGAAUUACUUUGCCCCCUUGAGUUAUACUUAUUUUUGUUUUUCUUAAAAAUGAAGCUUGUAGUACAAGAUGUCCAAGCUUGGUUACCUAAACCUCAACAUGCAUCAUUGUCAUUUCUUUUGCCAACCAAGCACAAAAUAUUUUUUUUAUGUGACUGUUUCAAGAUACUUAAAAAAGACAAAAAAAAAACAAACAAACAAAAACACCACAAGUCAUGGCCUCUUUCAGUAUUUAAACAAAACUGGACAUUGCCAGUUUUCAAGAAAUUGGCGAAAAUAAGUGGGAUUUCCUGGUCUUUUUUCUAAUUGUAUAAUUUAAUUUAGUACAGAGUUUGUAAAAUAUCAGAGUAUCUAUUGUUUCUACGACAUGGUAUUGCAUUUAUAUCUUUUUACUACUCCAGUGAUCUGUGAUGGCUGCAGCAACUUUAUGUUUUCUUUUUAUUGAAAUUAUAAAAUGAAUCAUCUUUUAAAAAAAAAAAAAAGAAAACAUUGACUAUUCUAAAGAUUGUGUACAGAAUAUUCCAUAGUGGUGGGAUUUAAGAAUAUUUGCUUUUUUGAAAAACAUAAGAGUUGUAUUUUCUGUUAAGAGUUUAAAGAUUUUUGCUAUAUUAUGGACAAAAUGUAAUCGUAUAUUAAUUUUGUACCUACAUUGUGCAAUACUUGAUAAAACAAACGGUAUAACAAAGUAUUCUGAGUCAGUGUCUUACAUGUUAAGAGGGACUGAUAGUUUAUUAAGUUUGUAUUAAAAAGGCUUAAAAAUGA